AUGGGGAUUGGCUUAAGAUUGUCAGUUUCCCCAGGAGGAGCGGUGGCUGAGAUAGCCCCAAGAUAGCCCUCUGGAUCUUGGGAUUUCUGCCUGCAGGCAAACACGCAAGCCAGGCUGCGGACACAACCUCUCGUGGAAAGGAAGGUGGAUAGGAUCAGACACUGUCCACCGUAGAACAUCGCGUAGCCGUCUACUCCGGAUCCCGUAUGUUUCGUUCGCUACACAGCGCAGCCCGGCCAAGCGUCAAAUGACGCCGAGCGUACUGGCACUUGCCUGAUUGAACUGCCUUCCGUUUCUGCCACGCCCCAGUCUCUGCCAUGGGAACCUUGCGUCGGCGGGGCCCGCCCUUUUAUAACACUUGUUUGCACACACACUGCUCAUACUCGUAGACCUCGUAAGCAACCGCCGUCAUGGUUGAACGGAACCGCCUCAAGCUGCUCAUCCGUAGCUAUGCGCCCGAUUGGAUCGUGACAAUCUUCUUAGGGCUCAUCUUCCUGGUGCUGGAAACCAUACCGGGCUUCAAGCGGCAGUUCUCUCUAGAGGACAGAACGCUAUAUCAUCCCUUUGCCGUGCACGAACGAGUACCACCUAUCGCAUUGUACAUGCUAUGUGGAGUUGCACCGUUCAUCUUACAGAUCGUCCUCAAUUACUUCACCGUGCGUUCAUGGUGGGACCUCCACAACAGCACGCUCGGCCUGGUCCUUAGCCUUGCCUUAGCUGCAGCUAUCACAGAGUUUACCAAGGUAACCGUGGGCCGCCCCCGACCUGAUCUUAUUUCUAGAUGUAUCCCUAAGCCAGGCUCGGUCGACCCAACAUACGGACUUUCCGAUGCGAGCGUUUGUACGCAGACGGAUCACUAUAUGAUGGAAGAUGGGUGGAGAAGCUUCCCCAGUGGACAUUCCAGCUUAUCAUUCGCGGGACUGGGCUUCUUUGCCUUUUACAUCGCUGGAAAGCUCCACCUGUUCGACAAGAGAGGAUGUGCCCCGAAAGCAUGGGCAUCUCUAACGCCGCUGUCUGCCGCCGCGCUCAUCGCCAUUUCUCGGACCAUGGAUUACCGACACCAUGCUACCGAUGUCCUCUCUGGCUCGCUCCUGGGCAUUGUUGCAGCCUACUUCUCCUACCGCCAAUACUACCCCAACCUCCCCUCCCCUUACUCACACCGCCCGUACUCGCCGCGGAUCCCGCGCGACGACCGCCUGCCCGUACAUGCUCGCGAAGUGGCCCUCGCGGAGCAGUACACGGACACAGAGACGGAGAGAGAGCUCGCAGCGGAGACGGUCAGAAGGGAUGAAGAUGGGAGGGUGCUGUGGAAGGACGAUGAUGGCGCGGAGAGGGUGAGCUUGAGAGACCAUGCAUCCUGAACUCAGAACGCAAAUCUUGUAGAUGUCGAAUAAAUCAUGCCUUGAUUUGAAUCCUCACAUGCACCAGCUCAAGGCCAACGCAGCAGGGCGCAGGGGGUCGUCUUCACCGGAACCACACACAAGACAAGGAUGCAAGUCAAGCCAGAUCUGAUUCGCAGCCGGGGUAUGAUGACAACAAAACAAAAGAGGUAACGAUACAAGCACGGAGAGGCGAGCACCUCCCCGCCUCCUUCCGUGCGCGGCCCAAA